AUGGACAUGUUUUACGGUGUUGCGAAGUAUAAAGGGGAUGGUUAUGUGUUAGAUUUCACUGUCUUGACUGGAUGGCUAACAUUAUUUGAGGAGAUGUGCACAUAUUGGGCUUUCGAACCUCCUACAGUGAGAGUAAAGUAUAUAAUGCCAGACGAGCACAAGACAAUAUGCUCCAUUAGCUCAGAGGAUGACUUUCAGAACAUGUGUAAUGUUCAUCGUAUAUUCAAAAAGACCGUGGUGAACAUGAUCAUAGAUACUGUGAAUGAAACAACGGAGGCCAUCUUGACACAUGGAGGAGCCAUAACUAUAAGCAAUUCUUUACAAGAUACAGAAGCUGAAAUUUUCAUGGUUGGCCAACGCUUCGAAAAUGCACAAGAAUUCAAGGAUUCAUUGUGCGACUUAGCCAUCAACCGCAAUUUCAACUUCAGGUUCAUAAAAAAUGAUAAAGAUAGAGUUACUGUCACAUGUGCUGCUGAGUUAUGUCAAUGGCGUGUCCACGCCUCAAGAGAUAGAAACCUCCCAACAUUUAGAAUCAAAACAACCCAAAAUAGUCAUACAUGUGGUGGGGGUAUCGGCACAACAUCUCAUCCGAGGGCUUCUAAAAAAUGGGUUAGAAGGCAAGUAAUGAGGAAAUUGCGAGAUCAUCCUCUAUACCGGGCUGUUGACAUACAACGUGAUAUAUUGUGUGACCAUGGUGUCCGGAUACCAUACAAACAAGCAUGGAUGGGUAAAGAGGUGGCAAAGGGAAUUCUCCAUGGAAGCGACGUUGCAAGUCAUGAUCUGUUGAUAUGGUAUGCAAGUAAGGUUUCCGAAACCAACCCAAGUAGCAUUGUUAUCAUUGAGAAGGAUGGAGAACGCUUUAAGCGUGGUAAAUAUGGUGGCAUCCUACUAGGCGCAACUGCAAAGGAUGGUAAUGAAGGUCUAUUUCAUCUAGCUUUUGCUAUUGUUGAUAAUGAAACUGACGAUAACUUGACGUGGCUCAUUUCCACUCUGGGUGAUGCAAUAUAUGGUGAAGAUGACUACCACAAAAUCAUUACAUUCAUUUCAGACCGUUCUAAGGGACUUGUUAAUGCUAUUGCCAAAGUCUUCCCCUCUGCCCCACAUGAGUAUGAUGCAACUGUGGGUGCGUUGUCAGCGGCAUCAACACAGGCCCAUAAUUGGUUAUUUCAAAAGUCGGACAUGAUGCAUUGGUGCAAUUACUUGUUUAGAGGACAACGUUGGGGUGAGAUGUAUUUGAAUGUGGCAGAGUCUUUCAAUGCAUGGAUUAGGGAGGCACGACAUCUACCUGUCUGUAACAUGGUUGACACGAUAAGGUGCAAGAUGAUGAACCUAAUGUACAAGCGGCGCGAGAAUAGCAUGAAAUGGGAAACCCAUCUUUGCCCGGAGAUUCACAAGAAGAUUGAAAAGACUAUUGAAGAAAGCAGAUGCUUAGUCAUAGGACGAUCUGAUGGUGAUAUUUUUGAAGUCGUUGACAAGCAGGGCAACCAUGCUACUACACAGUCGCAGUGUACAAAGAAGCAUAUGAGAGUCCAAUAUUCCCUGUACCAGAUCACGACAAACCGAUGGAUGCGGGUCGACAUCUCCGUAUUCGUCCACCUAUCUCAAAGAAGAGACUCGGAUGACCAAGAAAAAGGAGGAUUGAAUCACAAGCAUUUGGUGUUCGUGACUUACAUUGUAGUCGAUGCCACGAAGUUGGGCAUAACAGGGCCACAUCCGGCCAAAUCCGGUAGGCCUUUUAUUGGUUGGAUUGAAAUCAGUUCGUGGACAGGUUGUUCUAUCAAUUUCUCUGUUUCACCUUCUGUAUCUCCUUCCUUGGGUAUGCAUAUAGAGUCCCCGGAUUUUAGCUGUGCUAGUGAUUAUAUCGCAUUGUCGAUGUCCUCUGUUGUUUGCUUGUCCACUUCACUUAAUUGGGAUGGAGUUGGUGCAGCUCGUUUCCUAUCUCUGGGUGCUGGUGCACCUUUUACUUGGGCAACUUUUGUUGGUUAUGCAGUUUUUAAGGCACGAGUGACACGUUUCUCUGGCUGA